GCGAUCAAGAGCCCGCCGGGAGUGUUGCGUUGCGCGUAGUAUUCGGUCACAAGGUCGGUAGGUACUCCACUCUCACCCGUGCGCAACAUCGUGAGCGGCGCCAUGAUCACUCGGUGUUGCAAUCGCACGGGUUCUUUUUGCCACCAAGCGUGAGUGGGGGGGAGAAGAGCUUGAGCAUCUUGGACGCCAUCGUCGAGAGAUUCGAGUUGCUUGUCUGGCAGGCUGAGAUCUGGAUUGUGAUGCGUGAAGACCUCCACGCGGCUCAGCUCAUCUGGCGACGCAGCCCCCCAGCAUUGAGUGUCACCACUGGGAAUGUGGGAUCUUGUUGCAAGUGCCCUUGAAAGUUUGCAACGUGUAGCCAUCUGGGAUUGAUACCGUAUACCCUAAAGAGGUAUACUUUGUAUACCGAGAAAGUUUUCAACUCGGCGAUCGAUGUGGGUUUUGCGUGCGCCGGUUGCUGGCCGCUGCGCUCGUGGCAGCAUGGUAUCGCACGCUAUGCACUGUGGAGGGAAUGCAGGCAAUCUUCUGCCCAAGAGAGCGUCUGAAUUUGGUCGAGCGUUCUCUGAAUCGUCUUCAAGCGGCAGCGACACGUUCCCCACUACGGUCAUCCACCCCUCUGCUAAGAUCGGUAAAGGCUGCCGCAUUGGCGAGUUUAGCACCAUCGGGGAGGACGUGGUUAUUGAAGACGGCACUACUAUCGGUGCCAAUGUGACGCUGCAGAACUGCACCAUUGGUAGCAGAGUGGUCAUCCAUCCGGGAGCUCGUAUUGGCCAGGAUGGCUUCGGAUUCAUGCUGGAUGCCAAAGGCGAGCACACCAAGAAGCCCCAGGAGCUACGGGUGGAGAUCCACGACCACGUCGAGAUCGGUGCAAACUGUACGAUCGACCGUGGGAGUUGGCGCAACACGGUGGUUGGCAACGGCUGCAAACUCGACAACCUGAUCCAAAUUGGCCACAACGUGCAGCUCGGAACGGGCUGCGUCAUCGCAGCGCAGACAGGCAUCGCGGGCAGUACAACGCUGGGCAAUAAUGUGUACAUUGGCGGACAGGUGGGAGUGGCACAGCAUUUGAAGAUCGGUGACAACGUUCGCAUUGCUGCAAAGAGCGGCGUCAUGAACAACCUUGAGUCGAAUGCCACCUACGGUGGAAGUCCAGCGGUUCCGAUCAUGGAGUAUCGCCGUCAAAUGGCACAUUUGAGGCGCCUAGGCAAGAAAACUGCGGACUAAACUGAGUGGACAAAGAAACAAGUUUGAGAUAAUAUCUCUCGAAAUCUGUGUGCCUAUCUAGAAUUGUUCGCUUGGAUGGUGGAAUUGUACUUGGUCAUCAGGUAC